AUGGCGGCUGCGGCGGCGCCGGGGGACGAGGACUUCGCCGCCUUGCAGAGCCUGCUGAAGGCGCCUUCGAAGGAUGCCGUGCGGCAGCUGUGCCAAGAGUGCUUCUCCAGCCCGGCCGCCGGCCUCGGCCCCCUGGCGCUGCGAGCCUGCCCCGGCCUCGCCCUCAGCCCCGAAGAAGCACAGCAGCUGGUGUCUGCCUUGCACAGCCUCACCAGGCACGUGGUGUACCGCGGCUUGGCGAGGGCAGAAGAUAUCCUCGCUCUCUUCCCAGAGAACUUCCACCAGAACCUGAAAAACCUCCUGACUAAGAUCAUCCUGGAGAAUAUCUCUGCUUGGAGGAAUGAAGCACAAGCAAGUCAGAUCUCCCUGCCUCGCCUGGUCGACAUGGACUGGAGGGUGGACAUCAAGACAUCUUCAGACAGCAUCAGCAGAAUGGCAGUCCCCACCUGCCUGCUUCAGCUGAAGGUGCAGGAAGAUGUUGCUUUAUGUGGGAGCAGCCCUGUUGUCUCUGCACUGACUGUGGAACUGAGCAAGGAAACCCUGGACACCAUGUUAGAGGGUCUGGGAAGGAUCAGGGACCAGCUCUCUGCUGUUGCAAACAAAUGAGUGCAGGGAGUGCAGCAGUGAGGAGGAGGAGGAGGAG